AUGGGACAACUCUUCGCCGGCCUGUGGGGCCUGUUCAAGGGAAACAAAUCCUACAAGCUGCUCAUCCUUGGCCUGAACAACGCCGGUAAGACAUCCAUCCUAUACCACCUGCAGCUGGGUCACUCUAUUGCCACCCAGCCCACCCUCGGCGGCAACACGGAAACGCUCACCAUCACGCACCCGCAGACAAACAACUCCAUCACCUUCACCUGUUGGGACUUGGGUGGACAGGAGCAGCUGAGAGCGUCGUGGAAGCUCUACUACGACCAUACCGACGCCAUUGUGUUCGUUGUCGACGCCGCGGACGCCGGGCGGUUCCCGCAGGCGAAAGAAGUUCUGCACCAACUUCUGCACUGUGAGCCAUCGCUGCAGCACUCCACUCUUCUCGUGCUGGCAAACAAGCAGGACUUGGAGUCUGCAGCUGCCCCAGCCGAGCUAAUCGAGUACUUGGAACUUGGGAAGCUGAAGGAUCGGACGUGGACGCUCAUGGGCUGCAGCACCUCCACCGGUGAGUCGCUGCGCGUGGCCAUGAACUGGAUCGCCGAGAACGUCUAA